CUCUACUGGUUCCUGGCUAUCGAGACACGUGAAGGUCAGCGUAGUGCUGGGACAUUGUAUAUACAGUGGUCAGAUAUCACCGUUAAGUUAUUUUGUGUAGCGUUUGGCAUUCUUUUCCCCAAUGGAUAAUCAAGGAGCAACGGCAGACCCUCAGCUGCAGCAGUUUAUCGAGAUCGAGUCUCAAAAGCAGAGGUUUCAGCAGCUAGUUCAUCAGAUGACAGAAGUGUGCUGGGAGAAGUGUAUGGAUAAGCCUGGUCCAAAGCUCGACUCCAGGACAGAGGUGUGUUUUGUAAACUGCGUGGAACGAUUCAUCGAUACAAGUCAAUUCAUCCUCAACAGACUAGAGCAAACUCAGAGGAGUAGAGGAACAUUCUCAGAGACCAUGACAGACUAGUGGAACUACAGCCACUUAUUGACGAUUUGUCAUGCCAACAAAAACUGUGAGGCAACCGCUAUACAGGAUUCAGUUAAUUUAUCAAAGACAAAAGUGCCUCUUUUUGCUUUAUUAUUUUGAAGGCCAUGUAUUCGAAAUCAAAUGGAUGCAUGUAUAGUCCCAUAGAAAGUCCAACUUAUUACCAUCGAUAUAAUUGACAUUUCCCAGUUCUAAGAUUUUGAAAACGAAAGUAUGAAAACUUUCUGGAUGAAAAAGUAUGAAAAAUCUGGAAUUGAGGAGGCGGCUCUGCAUUUCACUUUCGUCAAAGUACAUUACCAAGCAUACAAUGCAUCGUCUUACUGGGAUUGUUUCAAGAUCUGUGGCUUAUAGAAUGUCUGUUGAAAUGUGAACUUGAAAUAAAAAGACAAUAUACUCUGCAGUUAUUCAUAUGACGUGUAAAAAUGUCACCGGAGAAAGCAGAGUUCAAUUUAGAAAAUGUUCAAACUCCUUAAAUAAAUAUUAAUGAGACUUCUUA